UUUCAAUUUCGUCAAGUAAAAAAAAUGUCACACGUACGAAUGAAUUUCAAUACUAUUGUGUUCCCUCAAUUGUCAAAGUUUUACAACUCGUUUAAACAAAUAGACGAUAAUGCUUAAAAUAGUAUCAUUUUUCCUGAUAUUAAUGACAGCUGUUUCAGUUGAUUUUCCAGAGCCAAACCAUUGCUUUGAAUAUAUAGAUGACGCCAGAAAUGAACCGUUUUAUGUCUCGGAAGAAGUAGUAGUAGAUUUUGGUUGGGGAGGAAUCGAUGCCAGACAACUCGGAGGUUUUAUGUAUAGCUAUGAGUGUGCUAAACUUGAAGGUGGUGAAGAAGUUAAUUAUGAAGUGACGAACGCUGCAGAUGACGACGGGCCCGAGUGGAAAGCGCCCCCGCACUCUUUUGAGCCAGGAGAAUAUGUAGUUUCCGCCAGCAUUACGAGCUAUGAUACGAUGGAAGGAGAAGGUUAUCAAUGUUACAUUGUGAUUGCUGCUGAAGAUCCGACAGCAGUUAUAGAAGGUGGAUCGUCACGUGUUGUUGCUCCUAAUCUUGCCUUCAAAGUCGACGGAUCGCAAUCAACCAAUUCAAAUCUUAAAGAUGAUCCUCACAAAGGACUAACUUAUUUAUGGACUUGUACGCAACUAAAAACACCGCCGUCUUUUUGUAAAGGGGAUUGGACUUUCAAUGAGAAAGUAGUGACUAUUCCAGGAAAACUUGCUGUGGAUGAGGACGAAUUUGUUUUCACGCUGACAGUGUCAACUGAAUGGGACACGCAUGACAACACCUCGCAAACGAUUUACGUGCUGAAAAAUUCAGUCAAUUUAGUCAUCGAUUGCAAGAAGAAUUGCCCUCCGGUAGCCACCUAUUCGGAUGUAAAGUCUUCUACAUUUCUCGAAGGUUUCUGUCACCAAAGUUGUAAACUUGUAAAUGAUAAUGACCUCGUGUGGACAAUAGCAUCUAAAACAAAAUCAAGUUUUACUUUUAAUUACAAGACUAGCACACGCUUUGGUAGGGAGGGUCGCAAAUUUCUCAUAAAAGAAAAUGUUUUAAAACCUGGCAUUUACAAUAUAAGCCUUCAGUUAAAAGCCGGACAUCAACGAAGCGGAUACUCGAAUAUUAUCAUAGAGGUUCCAGGACCUGCUGAAGUCAAAGAUUGUCGAGUAACACCCGAAAAAGGCGAAUCACUCAAAACGCGUUUCACCUUUAAAUGUGUCCAAGUGCCGCCUAAUGAUCGAAACUAUUACGAAUUGGUUUAUAAGGACACUACAGAUCCAUCGAAAACAACUUCGGUUAUUGAAGGCUACUAUCCUAACGUUUUUCGGCAAACAUUUGUGUUGUCGUCUUCCAAAAACAAGAAACUUCAAGCAAUAAUAACGAAAACUGGCCAUCCAACAAAUGUUGUGCCGCUUAAGGUAGAAGUCAUUUCAAGUCUAGCUAAUAAACCUACAAAAGAAGUUAUAAAAAUUGUCACCAAUGUGUAUAAUGGCAAAACUCCAAGUCAAUCAGUUGAACAAUUAGCACGCAGUACAGAUAUUGUUGAAAGAAGAAAAGCUAUGCAAAUAAUGACUUCUUUGGUCGAAGAACUUGUAGAUACUAAAAUUGAAGAAGAUCCACAGUUUACUAAUUUUAUUAGGACAUUAAAAAUUAGAGCGACUAAAGACCUUUUAAGUACUUCUCCUAGCAAAGUUUCUACUAUUUUAAAAAUGGGUGAUACGUUAACGAAACUGAAUAAUUUCCAAUCUCCAACAACAGAUCCAGAAAUUGCCAAAAUAUCGACCAGUGUGUGUGACAAAAUAACGGAUAAGAUGUUAAAUGUUAUGAAAGAGAAGCAAAAUCUUCUCAACAUGGCUGAAGAAUCUAAAUCAGUCGCCAGAUUUGUGUCCCGUUGUUUGAAAUCUCAUGCAAAAGAAAAUCUUAAAAUAUUAGAACCCCUGAAACUAAAUAUCUCGAAAAAAAUUCGACCUCCUCCUAGUGAGGGACAACCGGUACUGGUUGAAGAUUAUCCCGAUUAUGAAGAUCAUGGUCCAGACUAUUACAAUAAUCUAAGAGAUUUAACAAUAGCGACGGGAAACACUUUGAAUGCCUCCAGUAAAAUGGCAAAAGUGAUGGCAUUUACCACCGCUAUCGGUGAAGGUAUUGUUAAAACUGAAGGAAAAUUCGAUACAACACUCGUCCUCAAAGAUCUAGGAAAAGAAAUAGCUGAUUCAAGAAUGGCUUCAGAUGGAGUUGUAUUAAUUCCUUCUCAAGAUUUUGCCGGUGAAACACACCCUUUUGACGUCUUUUUGACGAUUUGGAAGCAAGAUAUAAUGUGGUGGAACCCUAACCACACUCGUGUGGCUACAAAUAUUGCAAUUAUCCAGUUUUGGCACUCGACAUGCAAGAAACGUAUUUACGAUUUUCAACAACCGGUGGAAAUUUUUUUUACUAAAAGACCUGAUUUUGUUUUUACUAGGAAUUCAGAGAAGAACGUUUUUCGUAUUUCGGAUAAAUGUGGUAGAAUCUCUUGUAAUCAAAUUUUACAGUUUGCUGUACCAAAAAGAAGAAUGUUGCAUGUUGAGUUUUCUAACUUCACGGAAAAAAAUUCUUUAAAAUUUAUUACAACGUAUUUCAAAUUUCCAACAAUGGGCGAUUUUCAUAAUGGCACUAUUAAUGAAUUUGACACUCUAAACAUUUCAUUUAUAAAUAGAGAAGACUACGAUGUUUUAGUCUACAUAGGUAUCUUGUCUGUGUAUAACAAAACAGAGACGUCAAUACACUUCAAUGUGCAUUCGAAAGUAACAAAUUGUCUUCGUUGGAAUAGAGAAGCAAUUCAGUGGGAACUUUCUUGUUAUCCUGGCGAUGGUGGAAAUAGCUCUGUGAUCCAUUGUAAGUGCUACCAUUUUUCUGCAAUUGCUGGAUAUUUUGAAAAUAUAAACUUUCUGGAGAAAACAGUACUAAUGCCGGAUUUAGAAUUACAAGUUGUUUCAACCAAAGUUAUUUUCCUAACAUUUGUUGUAACAUUAUGUGUUUUUCACGUCCUUGUUAUUUUUGUUUUAUUACCGAAGAAGAAAAUUUGCGUGUAUUAUUUGGCUGAUAAUAACACAAAGCACCGUUUUGCUUAUCUGGUAACUGUUAAAACUGGAUUAAAACUAAGUGCUAGUACUUCAUCUAAUGUGACUAUUAGACUCCAUGGGGAAAAUAAAUCUAGUGAACCACAUGUCUUGAACUAUCCUGAUCCAAGAAAAUCUUUACUUCAGAAUUUCGGAGAAGAUUUGUUUUUGUUAGCUACAGAAAGCAGUUUGGGUGAAUUAGAAGAAAUCGAACUGUGGUUUGAUUCAGUCGGAGUAAAUCCUACUUGGCAUUGUCGCGAAAUUUACGUGUAUGAUAUGCAGCAACAUCAGGAAUGGCGAUUUAAAAUCCAAGUAAAAUUUUCUGUGUUGAAAGGUUUCACUUAUUAUGCGGUGGAACCGUUUAAACAAAAAGAAACAAUCAUAAAGAGAAAGUUUAGGGUAAAUUUGUCACAAAAAUUUCAUGUUUGGUACUGGUGUCAAGAAGACGAACAGAUUUCCUAUUUACAAAAAUUAACAAUUGUUUUCUCGACUGUGUUAACAAUUUAUUUCCUAGCUCUUUUAUGCUAUGGUCUACCAAAACUUGAGCCGAAAGAUUGCCUAGACACUUACGUAAUGUUUCAUGUGAAUUACUUUACAUUUUUAGUUGCUUUUGUCUCUUCAUUUUUUUCGUUUGUACUUCAUUCUCUUAUAAUAUGGGGCUUUCGAUUGUCGAAAUUCCAAAAUUUGUGGCAUGGGAAGACUGUCAAAGUACCUUUAAUCCUGACCAUUGCAUGUUGGUCAUUUCUGGUUGGUUUAAUAAUUAUUUCGACAACUUUUUUGAUAAUUUACGGUUUUUGGGUGACAUACUAUAGGAGUUUACUUUGGCUCACUUCUUGUCUAAUUGGAAUAGCAUUUGAUAUUUUCAUCUACGAAAGCACAUGUUCUAUAAUACAGAAUUUCUUUAUAAAGAUUUAUUUUAAAGAUAACGUUGAAAAAAUGUAUCAACACAUUCUGAACACAACUGAGUACCAGAGAAAAUACUUACGUAAAAAAUUUGGGAAUCUGAUUUUAAGACCUUACUUCCAACAUUUGUAUAAACCUUUAAGAAAAAGACGAGUUAAGGAAGUGCGGAGAUUGUUGAUUCACCGUUAUUCAGUUAUUUCCGAAUUUGAAGAUCUCUUGAUGUUUAUCAUUUACAUUAUAAUUUUAUACGUUGUAGUGUUGGCAAACAAGGACAGACUUAUGGUCGUUUCUAAAAACGACAUGAGAGACCUACUUACCGGUUUACAUACCAGAAGUAUAACAUUUGAAGAUUUGGAUAGUUUAGAAGAAAUAUACGAUUAUAUUAAUCGAACGUUAAUAGAUGUUCUACACGCACCAGAAUGGUAUGAAAAUUUCUCAAUUUACGACCCGGGAUUAAUGAUUGACAUGGUGAAUAAAUACAUCGGAGUGGCUCGAAUAAGACAACAGAGAAUACAACCGAAUUCCUGCGAAGUAGCAUCUAAAAUGCGUUUUCUAAACUUGUCUUGUUGGCCAGAAUAUUCUCUUAGAUUCCUCGAAACUAAAACUUUUGAUGUGGGCUGGAAAGAAGAGAUUAAUCCUAUUGCUGCCACACAUGACAGGCUUCACUACAUUUGGCAAUAUCAGAGCGAACAAGAAUCGGGCUCCUCUCUAGCGUUUGGACAAUUUGCCAGUUACACUGGCGGUGGAUAUAUUCAUUAUUUGGGUCGUACGAUGUACAAUUCUCUGGCCAAUUUUCUACGAAUGUUGCAAGAUACAUGGAUAGAUCCAAGAUCUCGAGUUAUUUUUGUAGAAUUUUUGACCUACAAUCCUAAUUUCAACGUCUUUAGUUCAAUUCGAUUGAUGAUUGAACAAAGUGCAAGCGGUUACAUCCUGAGAGAUGUUUCUGUCCAUUGUGUUCGAAUGUUGUUUGUCCAGAACGAAGUUGAGAAAAUAUCAUCGAUUUUCUUCGUUUUGUUCGUUCUUUGGGUGAUUAUUUUAUUACUGAAACAGUCAGUUGGCACCGUCAAAAAAAUACGUUCCUUCUACCGAGACACUUGGUUUUUAAUUGAUAUGAUUAUAGUGUUAAUGAGUUUAACAUGUAUCAUUAUGUUUGGCUUGAGAAUGAAGUUUGUGGGACGUUAUCUUGACAAGAUUGAAAAGGCCAAACAUAACGAAUUUGUAAACUACUUCUAUUUGUUUCAAAUCGAAUACGGAUUAAAUUUUGUGGCCGCUUGUCUUUUAUGCACUGCAACAGUGCGUUUGUGGAAAUUUCUACGAUUUGCUGCAAUGUUUCGAGUUAUGGAACAAACAUUGUUGGUGGCUGGAAAAUUGCUGUUGUCGUUUUCUGUCGCUAUUCUCGUGAUGUUGUUAAGUUUUGCGUUUCCUUUAAGUUUGCUUCUUGGGAAUUACUUUGGAAGAAUUCACACGCCGAUUGAAUUAAUAAAACUGAUGUUGCUUAUGACACUUAAGCCUAAAGCAAUGCGUCUAACUGAUUAUUUGAAGUACAAAGUUGCAACUUUUUAUAUUGUUUUGUACAUUAUUAUUAUUACUGUCACCAUGUACAUUAUUAUUAUGAUCAUAGUGAUGUCUUAUUUUGAAGCUCAACUUGAACUGUCGUCAGAAACACGAGAAUACAAUGUUAAAAGCUUUGUUGAAGAGAAAUCACGGUACAUUCCACGCUUUCUCAAAUACAAAUAUAAAUAUCUAAAAGCAGGAAUGGACGUAAAGCCAAAAGUUGAACCAAAACCAGAAACUUUUUAUUACGUACGGUGUAGAUCUAUAACUGCUGCUCGAUUAAAAAGGAUGACUUCCAUUGCACGAUGCAUUUUUCGUAAUCAAACUCUCUUCAAGAAAUCCGCUUCUCUCAGUGAAAACGAAGUAAAAAUGAUGUUAAAAGUGUGUCGUGAUUACUUUUUAAAGUCGGACAAAGAAAACGCAAAAGUGUUUUUUAUUGGACAUGUUCACGGAAAAAGACGACAGUUUGUUGAGGAAGAAAAAGUCACAAAAGUUGCAAAUGUCGUUAACUAUUUGUUGCAAGACGAAGCGCCCCAGUUUGGCGAAGAAAUUAAAAAGGUGCUGGAUAAGAAGUUGCAAAACUGUGUCGAAAUGAUCGAACAAAAGCAGGAAACGCUCAAAAGAUGCGAUUUGAUGCUGAAACUGUGCGUGCAAAAGUUGCACCGAAUUCAAAAGUUGAAUAUCAAGAAGAUUAGACGAUACCUUUGAUGUUCCCAUAUUUAUCAAAAAAAUAAUAAACAAUCAUAAAACAAGUUGCGUUUUCUCUCUUAAUUAGAAUUUUUGUAAUGUCUACAAUACUAGAUUUAUAUUUUACUACUUUUAAGUUAGAAAAUGAUAAGUGUUACCAGAUUUUUUUUCAAAUACACAACCAUAAUAAUUUUGAAAUACUAAAUGCAGUGUUUGUCAUUGGUCAUUAAACUGAAGACCAACGAGAUAAGUUUCAAAUGUCGAUUAUCAUUGCUAAUGAGUACUUUCUCUUGCCUCAAAGUGCACUUUCGAUUGAAGGGCAAGGGGCUCAAACCAUGAGAUCUAACUGACAAUAACAAACUAAUUAAGUGGAAUAAACAACUUUGGAAAGACGUCGUGUGGUUUUUGCACACAAUUG